CUGUGCCAGCGUUGACAGCCGCGGUUGCGCUAGUGCGAGCGUUCUGCUAGACGUUUCUUCGGAUAGUUUCUUUCCUUUCAUUUGCAAGAGAUCGAAUUUACGUCCGGUAGAUUUGAUUAUGGAGUUUGGGGAUACAGCUACCGAAUCGCCGAAGUUAAAUGAACUAGCGGCCACGAUGUUUGAAAAAACAGGAGAAUACGUUCAAGCCGAGCUUUCAUCUACAUUGGACGAUUACAGAUUGACAGAAGAAAUGAACAAAUUGACCAUAACGAAGUACAGUGAUAUGAAGCAAAUUGCCGGCAACGUCUCGAAAGCCCUCAAGGACCUCAACGAAAAGUAUCGGUGCCUAAAACCGUACUUGGACCAAAUCGACCAAGUUGAGGACAGCGUUACUAAAUUGGAACAAGCAGCAUACAAGCUGGAUGCUUAUUCCAAACGUCUUGAGGCAAAGUUCAAAGUCCUCGAAAAACGAUGAAUGUGAUGGACAGAAAACCUGUGGCUGAGUUCUGCUAUGACUCGGGACAUACGGCUUCAUUUUGGAAACUGCUCAUUGAUCCUGCGCCCGGGGUCGUCCGCCGAAACCAGCUGCAUUGCGGUGGCUUUUUAACGACAAUAAAUAGUGCAGCAAUGAAGUAUUCCUCGCGCUGA